AUGAGCGACACUCCACCCGAAAUUCUUCAAGAAAUUUUUCAGAGGCUUGUCGAGAGAACCGACGACCUUUACUCUUUGUUAUUUGUAAAUCGUCAUUGGUGUGCAAAUGCUAUUGUGGCGUUAUGGCGAAGUCCAUUCUAUUAUGCUAAAUCACAAAGAAAGGUAAUUGAUACCUAUCUUUUGUGCUUGCCAAAGAAAUCACUACGAAGACUUGGCUUGGAGCAUGUUAUAAGAGAUCAAAAUCCGCUGUUUAAUUAUCCGGCGUAUUUGAAGUCAUUUUCGAUUAAGGAUAUUUUUUGCGCAGUUGAAGAUUGGUAUGUGUCUGCAUAUUCGAAGAUUUGGCGAAGAUCAGAUAAUAUACAAAGUAAUCUUCAAAUUGAGGAUCUUUGGCUUCAUGAAUAUCAAAUAGUCACAGAAAUAUGCAAUCUUAUAGCAAACAAAUCCAUUGCACUUGAAUCUUUUUCAAUUGACAUUUUAGAUUUGGAAAUAGCAGAAAUAUUAUCAGGAUAUGAUAUCGAGUUUUGGAAGGAGAUUGAAGCACGUCAUCAAAUUACUUUCAACUUAACUUUAUCCAAUGAAAUCACUUAUCCAUGCGAAUUUGAUAUCGAAAAUAUGGAGAUAAUACAAGACGUAAUCACGUCAUUAUUAAAGAAUGCUACACAUUUAUUGAAAAAAAUCCGAAGAUUCGAGUGUGGAGGAAGUUUAUUAUUUGAAGCACCGGAAUUGCUGAAAAUGAUUUCAAGCAUUGCUACAAAUAUCGAAACCUUUAUUGUAAGUGCUCCGGAAGAAAACGAACAUUUAGAACUGGCGGAAGAGGAUAUUAUUAGGUUCAUUCAAACGCAAAAUCGCCUGCGCAAAAUUAAAUUUCGUGAAUGGUGUUUUGAAACUUGUGAUGUGGCAGAGUGUUUAUCGGUGCGACAUGCAACACUAAGAGAAUUAGAGUUUCACGGGUGUACAUUUUUUAGAAAUGACGCGCUAAAAGGGUUACAUUUGUGCACUGGUCUAGAAAGUUUAAAAUUCAUUGAUGUUGCUGGUGUGACAUCAAAUGUACUGGACACAAUAUCAAACACCAUAUUUCCAAAUCUGAAACACUUGACAUUCAGUCAACAUUACACAUGCAUUGACGAGGAUGAAGAAUACCCUUCAGUACAACUCAUAAGUAUUAUAGCAAACAAUUCCAAAUUUUUACAUUCACUUUGUCUAACGCAAAUACAAUUCGAGUGGUACACCGGGGUACUACCAACACUCACACAAUGCAAAAAUCUACGAAAAUUACAACUCCAAAUUGAGAAAUAUGAAGAGUUUCUUGUGUUCUAUGAAGUGUUGAACGCAUGUAAGAAUUUACGCAGUCUCGAAAUACUCGGAGAAGUCUCACCUAGAGAACAACAACAGUGGCCUCUUACGAACGGCAAUGAAGUGUUUGUAGAAAUGGCACAGCAUAUUCCAUCCAGUUUGGAAUAUUUACUCAUUUCUUUGAGUUUUCUUUAUUCACCAACGGAAUUUGCAACGUUUUUGGAAUAUUUAAAGCAUAUGCCGCGACGUAUUAUUCUUGAGGUGAAAAUGUUCGAGUAUUGGUUUCUUCAGACGAUGUUGAAGUAUGCGAAUAAUGCUGGCCGAAAAGUAAUUGAUAGUCGGAUUGAGGAGAGUCCUAGAUCGUCAAAACUCAAAAGGGUUUCUAUAAAACUAGAUAAAAGAAAUGCUUAA